AUGGCUGGAACUGGAAAAUCCCCAGAAAACCCAACAAAGAAGGCACCAUUGACACCAAAAGCAAUUAUAAACCAAAAGUUUGGUGACAAGGCCUGCUAUAAGAUCGAUGAAGUGCAAGAUUCAAGUGGAAAUGGAUGCCCAGGCUUAGCUAUCUCUCGGAAGGGACCAUGUCUUUAUCGAUGCACUCUUCAUCUCCCAGAUGCUACUGUUGUCUCUGACACCUUUAAAAGAAAAAAAGAUGCUGAACAAUCGGCUGCCGAGAAGGCCAUAGAAACGGUUUUGUUUUGCGAUAUUUUCUUCUCUGCAUAUGGAGUUUUUCUGGGUAUCCGUCUGGCCGAAUACAAUCCCACAGUACAAGAAGCGUGGGAUGAUUUGGGAGGUCGUAUAGCUUUUAUGUUUGCCAAUGAGUUCCUUUCGUCUCUCAAUCCACUCAGCAGUCACUUAAGAGCAGUACUAAGAAGAGAGGGCCAUCAAAAUGGAUGUCUUCCAGUUUCAGUUAUUGCAACUCAUGAUGCAAAGAUUAGUAACAUAUGCAAGUACAUAACUCCUGCUGCUGAGGUUAAUUCACUGAUUCUGAAGGCAGCUGCUAAAAUGACUGAUUUAGUAUUGAUAUCCGACGAGAAACUUUCACUAAAGAGGAAAACUUCAUACCCUCCUGAGAUCAUUGCUUCACUGAACCACGAGUCGAGCUUGUCGGAAAGCAUUGCAGUUGAAUGCAUACGAAUUCCAGCUUCACUUGGAGAAGCUGUUCAUGUUUUGAUGCUUAAUAUUGCUUCAACUGGUUAUUAUUUAGAUGUUAUUGCUCGUGAGCUAUGUGUGGCAGAUGCUUCGAAUGUUUUGAUUUCUAGAGUGAUUGGCAAGGCUUCCUCGGAAGUGAGAAUAUAUUCUUCUUCUCCCCCGCAGCUUCCCCCUGAUGAGCUGGCAGAGCCUAAAGGAUCUCUAAAUGUCCGGGCAACUUACUUCGCCGGUGAAGAAGUGUACGCUGAUGCAAUUUUGGCUUCUGUAGGGUACACUUGGAGGUCUAAUGAUCUUUUCCAUGAAGCUGUGUCCUUGCGUUCGUAUUAUAGGAUGCUUAUUAACAAGAUACCCAGUGGGAUAUACCAAAUAUCACGAGACGCAAUACUUGCUGCUAAGCUACCAUUAACAUACACGACAAAAAGCAAUUGGAGGGGUUCUUUCCCGAGGGACAUACUUUUUGCAUUCUGCCGAGCUCACCAUUUGCCUGAGCCUGUGUUUUCCAGUCAAAACACAUUAAAUUCAUCACUGGAUUUACCUGGAUCAUGUAAAAAGUUGAAAGUUAGUCAUUCAGGUACUGGGGACUCGGUGGAAUCGACUGGAGCUUUUAGUUGUGAAAUCAAAAUAUAUUCCAAAAAUCAAAACUUGAUCUUACAAUGCUCGCCGAACGAAUCUCAUAAAAAGCCGGUUGAUGCCAUGCAAAGCACUAGCUUGAAAGUCCUGAACUGGCUUGACAUGUUUUUCGAAUAUCCAAACAUAUCCUUGGAGAAGCUGAAGUUAUUUGCUGAUAAGCUCGAUAUUAGCUUUACUCCCGAUUUCUUUUUUGAGGAGUUUGCAUUAUGCCGUAAAAUACAUAAUUUUGGAAUUCAAGCUUGCGAUUAUAAAGCAGAGUUAGCUGAGCCAUCUUUUAUCGAAAUCGGAGGUGAAAACUCUGGAGUUACUCCAUCGAAUGGUGCUUUGGCUUGCAUAAGUUACAGUGUUUCGUUGUCUGUCGAAGGAGACUGCACGAGAGAACAUCUCGAAAGCUGUGAAGAGUUUGAGUUUGAGAUCGGCAAUGAAGCAGUGUUGCCUCAUCUCGAAGCAGCAGUUGCACAGUUGGCUGUUGGUCAGUCUGCAUGCUUUUGGGUAGAGCUUUUUCCCACUGAGUUCAUUAUAGCUGCAGCUCGUGAUUCUGUAUCGACACUUUCGUUAUUAUCAUCAAGAAGCUGCAAAUUGGAGUACAGUGUAACUCUUCUGCAAGUAACAGAGCCAAUGGAAGAUCGAAUGGAGCAAGCUCUGUUCAGCCCUCCUCUCGCAAAGCAGCGUGUCGAAUUUGCUGUACAGCAAAUAAAAGAAUCUUCAGCGGCCUCAUUGAUCGAUUUAGGCUGUGGUUCAGGAAGUUUGUUAGAUUCUUUGUUAUCUUAUCCUACUUCUCUCGAGAAAAUUGCCGGUGUCGAUAUUUCAAAGCGAGCUCUUGCAAAAGCAGCCAAGUCACUCCACACUAAGUUGACCAGGUUAGUGGAUUGUAAAGAGCCGGGUUGCAAAAUCCAAUCGGCAGUACUAUACGAUGGCUCCAUCACGAAAAUAGAUUCCCAGUUGUGUGGAUUUGACAUUGCAACUUGCUUGGAGGUAAUUGAGCAUAUGGAGGAAGAGGAUGCAUGCUUAUUUGGCGAUAUAGCCCUCGAAUCUUUCUGCCCGAAAAUUCUAAUCAUCUCCACUCCGAAUUUCGAAUACAACACGAUUCUCCACAACAGUACUCCUCCUCAAGGCGAAGAGGAAAACCCGAACGAAAAAAAUCAGCCAGAGAGCUUUAAAUUCAGAAAUCUCGAUCACAAGUUCGAAUGGACGAGGGCUCAGUUUGAGCACUGGGCAUGUGACCUGGCAACGAGGCACAAUUACAGUGUCGAGUUCAGUGGAGUUGGUGGUGAUGGCGAUGUUGAUCCCGGUUUUGCUUCACAAAUCGCGAUUUUCAAAAGGUCUGCAGAUGAUGAUGAUGACGUGGCGAAAAUCGAGGUAGCAGAUAAUUGUGUGCCCAUCUGGAAAUGGAGUAGGGAGGAAGAGAAUUUGGUCUCCAAUGAAAUGUAG